AUGGAGUCUCCCUUCAAGGCAAAUUUAUUGAAAGGCAAAGUAGCAUUAUUGACUGGAGGUGGGUCGGGUAUCGGGUUCGAGAUCUCAACCCAGUUCGGAAAACAUGGAGCUUCCGUCGCUAUUAUGGGUCGCCGGAAGAGCGUUCUUGACUCCGCCGUCUCCGCCCUGCAAUCCCUCGGAAUCCCGGCAAUUGGGCUUGAAGGAGAUGUUCGAAAACAGGAGGAUGCAAAAAGAGUAGUGGAAGCAACUGUCAAGCGUUUUGGGAAACUUGACAUUCUUGUCAAUGCUGCUGCUGGCAAUUUUCUCGUGUCAGCUGAGGAUCUGUCUCCUAAUGGCUUCAAAACAGUUAUGGAUAUCGAUUCUGUUGGUACAUUUACAAUGUGUCACGAAGCACUCAAGUAUCUUAAGAAAGGUGGACCUGGAAGGGACUCAUCUAGUGGAGGAUUUAUAUUGAACAUCAGUGCCACUUUGCAUUACACGGCAUCUUGGUAUCAAAUCCAUGUAUCUGCAGCCAAGGCAGCAGUUGAUGCCCUCACCAGAAAUUUAGCUCUGGAGUGGGGUACUGACUAUGAAAUCAGAGUUAAUGGUAUUGCACCAGGUCCUAUAGGAGAUACUACUGGGAUGAGUAAGCUCGUGCCUCAAGAGAUAAACAGCAAAGCCAGAGACUAUAUGCCUCUAUAUAAAGUUGGCGAGAAGUGGGAUAUCGCCAUGGCUGCUCUUUACCUUGCCUCAGAUGCCGGGAAGUACAUAAACGGAACAACCCUUAUCGUUGAUGGAGGACUGUGGCUGAGCCGACCUCGCCAUCUGGCCAAAGAUGCAGUUAAAGAGCUUUCUCGGACCGUGGAGAAAAGAUCACGAGCUGCACCUACUGGGGUUCCUACCAGCAAGCUUUCAAGUCGUACGUUGAUUUUGUAUGGAGAAAUGAUAUUUGCAUUUUACAAGGCACAAGGUCUUUCAGAGGGAUCAUUCCCCGUGGAUGUUGAGGAUGAAAAUCUAGCGAAAUCAAUUCUUGACAAGGACAAGUCGAAAGGAGUAAAAAUCUUGUUAUCAAACGAUGCAGUUGAGGUUGACAGCAUCAGCCAUCCAGGAUGGUUGAACAUGCAUUGA